AUGAACAUAAUCCUGUCCAUCCUAUCCAUCCUCCCUCCAAUCGCCACCCUCUUCUACUACGCCAUCGCCGCCAUCCUCUCUUUCUUUGCCCUCCUCUUUGUGCUCCUCUUUAUCUUCAUCAAUACGCCCGGUGAAUUCGUUCACCCAUACUACGAAUCAUCAUCAAGCUUUGGAAACGACCACGCCAUGAUUAGGGGUUACCCUGGUCGUCGAAGAAUGGUGAUGCCACCGAUGAGAGCCAGAGGAGGAUUGGGUUAUAUUAAAAGAACCAGAGGCAGGCCGUUUUUCGUACAUUAG